AAUAAGGUUGAUUGAAUUGGUGUCCAGGCUGAGUGACUGGGUUCCAGGCAAUGCUGUUGGGACGCUGCACAAGUUGUCCAGCUGAAGGAGAAGUCCCGUUGAACUGACUCUUCUCACGAACCUUUUAAAGAUGAAUGAGCAAACAUUGGAAACAACACAGCAACGGAAACUUCCUAAAUGGAUGUCUAUGCAGAAGAAGACAUAUAGUGUAGAAGAAAGAAAGGCAUCUAUUCAGAAGAGUGUUUUGGAAGAUGACCUCCCCUUCUUAGAAUUCACUGGAUCCAUCGUGUACAGUUAUGAUGCUAAUGAUUGUUCUUUCCUCUCAGAAGAUAUUAGCAUGAGUGUGUCUUAUGGAGAUGUGGUAGGAUUUGACAUGGAAUGGCCACCAGUGUACAGUAAAGGGAAACUAAGCAGAGUUGCACUAAUUCAGCUGUGUGUGUCAGAGAACAAAUGUUACUUGUUUCAUAUUUCUUCUAUGUCAGUUUUCCCUCAGGGAUUAAAAAUGUUGCUUGAAAAUGAAGCAAUUAAAAAGGCAGGUGUAGGAAUUGAAGGAGAUAAGCAGAAACUUCUACGUGACUUUGACAUCAAAUUGAAGAGUUUUGUGGAGCUGACAGAUAUUGCCAAUGAAAAGUUGAAAUGUACAGAGACCUGGAGCCUCAGUGGUUUGGUUAAACACCUUUUUGGUAAACAGCUUCUGAAAGACAAGUCUAUCCGCUGCAGCAACUGGAGUAAGUUUCCCCUCACUGAGGACCAGAAACUAUAUGCAGCCACUGAUGCUUAUGCUGGUUUCAUCAUUUAUCAAAAAUUAGAAAAUUUGGGAGAUGCUGUACAGAUAUUUGCUAGACAUGAAGAGGAAGAAGUCCUACCUAGUGACGUGAAGAAACAAUUGACUUCAGUCUCCGAGGAGAUGAUAGAUCUGGCUAAGCAUCUUCCUGAUACUUUCGUAAAACUGGAAAAUCCACAGAGGGUUUCUGUACUAUUGAAGGAUAUUUCAGAAAAUCUGUAUUCAUUGAGGAAGAUGAUACUUGGUUCUACUGAGAAUGAACUGAGGCCCAGCAGUAAUUUUGACUUAUUACCGUUGGAAGAGCCCACUGCUGGUGAAGUACAACAGAAACAAAUUAGAGAACAUACAAUUUUUACUAAAGUUAAAGGUGAAGCAUGGGACACAACACCUGAUAAUUUAAUUAAACAUGAUGGAGAAAAUGUACUUGCAAAUGAAGUAAAACAAGAAGAUGGAUUUGAAGAUGGACUAGAAGAUAAUAAGUUGGAAGAGACUCCAGAAAGAGUUUGUUUCAUGUCAUUAGAUAUUACAGAAGAUGAACUCCAACGUUUGGAACAACAGGCUCAGGAAAAACAUCUUGGUGAUGUUACUUGCAAAUCUCCUGAGGUACUAAAUACAGAUAACGAAGAGGAUAUAUCUUAUGUAAUUGAGAGUGAUGAAGAUUUAGAAAUGGAGAUGCUUAAGUUUUUGUCUUCCAAGGAUAACGAAGAGGAUAUAUCUUAUGUAAUUGAGAGUGAUGAAGAUUUAGAAAUGGAGAUGCUUAAGUCUUUAGAAAACCUAAAUAGUAGCACAGUAGAUCCAAAUCAUUCAAAAUGCAUAGAAAUGGAAAGAAAUCUGGGUCUUCCUUCUGAAGAAGAUGAUGAAGAUGAGAAUGAAGCUAUUGAAGAGGAAGAAGUUGUUGAUGAAGACUGUUGGUUACCAGGACCUACUGCAAAGCAAAUUAAUUGCCUCAAGACCUACUUUGGCCAUUCUAAUUUUAAGCCGGUUCAGUGGAAAGUGAUUCAUUCUGUAUUGGAAGAAAGAAGAGAUAAUGUUGUUGUCAUGGCAACUGGGUAUGGAAAGAGUUUGUGCUUCCAGUAUCCACCUGUUUAUGUAGGCGGGAUUGGCCUUGUCAUCUCUCCCCUUAUUUCUUUGAUGGAAGACCAAGUGCUCCAGCUUGAAAUGUCCAACAUUCCAGCUUGCUUUCUUGGAUCAGGACAGUCAAAAAAUGUUCUAGAGGAUAUUAAAUUAGGCAAAUACCGGAUUGUGUACAUAACUCCAGAAUUCUGUUCAAGUAACUUGGACCUACUCCAGCAACUGCAGGCUAAUAUUGGUAUCACACUUAUUGCUGUGGAUGAGGCUCACUGUAUUUCUGAGUGGGGACAUGAUUUUAGAAGUUCAUUCAGAACUUUGGGCUCCAUAAAGGCAGUACUCCCACGGGUUCCAAUUGUUGCACUGACUGCUACUGCAAGUUCUUCAAUCCGAGAAGACAUUGUACGUUGCUUAAAACUGACGGAUCCUCACAUUAUCUGUACUGGUUUUGAUCGACCAAACUUGUAUUUAGAAGUUGGACGAAAAACAGGAAACAUCCUUCAGGACCUGAAGCAAUUUCUUGUCCAGAAGACAAGUUCUACUUGGGAAUUUGAAGGUCCAGCUAUCAUCUACUGUCCUUCUAGAAGAAUGACAGAACGAGUUACAGCUGAACUUAAGAAACUGAAGUUAGCCUGUGGAACAUACCAUGCAGGACUGAGUAUUACCUUAAGGAAACAAGUUCAUCAUAGGUUCAUGAGAGAUGAAAUUCAGUGUGUAAUAGCUACCAUAGCUUUUGGAAUGGGCAUUAAUAAAGCUGACAUUCGCCAAGUCAUUCAUUACGGUGCUCCUAAGGAAAUGGAAUCAUAUUACCAGGAGAUUGGUAGAGCUGGCCGUGAUGGACUUCAAAGUUCUUGUCAUGUACUUUGGGCUCCAGGAGACAUUAACACAAAUAGGCGCCUCCUUAGUGAAAUAUGCAAUGAAAAGUUUCGAUUAUACAAAUUAAAGAUGAUGGCAAAGAUGGAAAAAUAUCUUUAUUCCAGAAGGUGUAGGCGACAACUCAUCUUGUCUCAUUUUGAAGACAAACAGCUACGAAAGGCCUCCUUGGGAAUUAUGGGAACUGAAAAAUGCUGUGAUAAUUGCAGGUCCAGAUUGGAUCGCUGCUUUUCCAUUGAUGACUCAGAUGAUAUGUCACAGGACUUUGGUCCACAAGCAUUCCAGCUCUUAUCUGCCGUGACCAUCUUAGGCGAAAAGUUUGGAAUUGGGGUUCCAAUUUUAUUUCUCCGAGGAUCUAAUUCCCAGCGUCUUGAAGAUAAAUAUCGCAGUCACAAUUUCUUUGGCACUGGCAAGGAUCACACAGAGCAUUGGUGGAAGGUUUUUUCCCAUCAGCUCAUAACUGAGGGAUUCUUGGUAGAAGUUCCUGGGCAAAGCAAAUUUGUAAAGAUUUGCACCCUUACAGAAAAGGGUAGAAAUUGGCUUGCUAAAGCCAAAACAGAAUCUCCUCAGAGCCUUAUCCUUCAAGCUAAUGAAGAAUUGUGUCCAAGGGAGUUUUUCCUACCAAGUUCUAAAGCUGUAUCUUCCGGCACUGAGCAACAUUCCUCUAAUCAAGUACCAAUUGAAUUAACUUCAGAGCAGUCCAGCUUGUAUAAGAUGUAUUCUUACAAAGCAUGUGAUAAAAUUUCUUCUGGGAGUAACAUUCCUGAAAAAAGCAUCAUGGUGCCAUCACCAGGAAAAUAUUACAGGUCCUCAGAACCUGUUAUUUCAGCUGAAGAGCAGGAGACUCAGACUACAUUAUAUGGCAAAUUGGUGGAAGCUAGGCAGAAACAUGCCCAUAAAAUGAAUGUUCCUCCAGCUAUUCUGGCAACAAAUAGGAUACUGGUGGAUAUGGCCCAAAUGAGACCUACUACAGUUGAAAAUGUGAAAAGGAUCGAUGGUGUUUCUGAAGGCAAAGCUACGAUGUUGGCCCCUCUGUUGGAAGUCAUCAAACAUUUCUGUCAAAUAAAUAGUCUUCAGACAGACCUCUUUUCAAGUACAAAACCACAAGAAGAACAGAAGAAAAGUCUGGUGGUGAAAAAUAAAGCAAGCUCACUUUCACAGUCUGCAGCCAUCACAUAUUCUUUAUUCCAAGAAAAGAAAAUGUGUUUGAAGAGUGUAGCUGAGAACAGGAUUCUGCCUCUCACAGCAGUUGGCAUGCACUUGUCCCAAGCGGUGCAAGCUGGCUAUCCACUCGAUAUGGAGCGAGCAGGUCUGACUCCAGAGAUUCAGAAGAUUAUUGCUGAUGUUAUCCGAAACCCUCCCAUCAACUCAGAUACAAAUAAAAUUAAACUAAUUAGAAUGUAUGUUCCUGAAAACAUUGACACCUACCUUAUCUACAUGGCAACUGAGAUCCUGGAAAAAGACUGCGAUAACAGGAUGCUAUGCCAAUUUUCAUGUGAUUCCAACAAAAAGAGAUGUUUCCCCAACUCUGAAGAGAGCUGUUCAAAUCCUAAGAGAAGCAAGGAAGAAGUGGGCACUAAUACCAAGACUUCGUCUGAAACCUCAAAGAGAAAAUUACCUGGGUGGUUUGCCAAAGGAAAUGAGACCUUACCUGAUGCCAGCAAGAAAUCAAUGGCCAAAACUAAAAAGAAGGGUCUUUUUAGUUAAACUGGCAACUGCCAGAGGAAUUAUGUGUGUCUUGCUGUGUUAUAAGAGGGAAGCUGUAUUUCAUUUCUGAAAAGAGUGGGGAGUAAUAUUUUUGUUUAAAAAUUAUUCUAAAUCUCAAAGUAAAACUCACCUAUUUAUUGAACAGCUGGGUCUUAAAACAGCCUUGUGCAAUUCACAUAAAGUUGAGUCUUCUGAGAGCCUGAGUGAGUACCUCAUAGAACAGAAUCUUAGUUUCCUAUGAGAUUGCUUUAAGAAAUCAUGUUACUGCCCUGUUUUCUAAUCUCUUUACUUACUUCAGCAGUAUGUUUGGAAUAUGUAAUGUGCGGUGAUUUAAUAUAGAUAACAGAUAAUCAGUUGUAAGUGAUUAUGUGUGUGAUAUGAAAUAUUCCUAUAUUACCAAAAUUCUGUCUUAUAAAUGAAGAACGCAUAGUUAUUUUACAAAUUGUUUUUUCUAUUGUUAGAAGAAACUCUUAUACACAUUUUAAAAUGAUAUUAGUGGACCAGACCAGUGAAAAUGAAACAUUUCAGGUUCUUUGUAAAUAGACGAAAGAAUAUAACAAAGGAGACCAAUUGUACUAGACAACUAUGCACUUUGUAUGUUAUAUACGAUUUCUAUUAUUUUUCAAAUAAUAAUAAAAAGUCCUUAGUACUGAAUAUUAUAAAUAUAUGUAUUUUAAACUUUCAUAUACUGAACUACCUUGAGCACCUUUAAUUUUUGAUAAUGUCAGAAUUUGAUUCUUAUAUCUCUUUAUGUAGCACAUGUAACUGAAAUAUACAAAACACAUACACUGAAUUGGGUAAAUCACAGUUGAUAUAACUUUAAGCAGUUCACCAUAUGGCAUUUAAUUGACUUUUUUGUAAAUAAAAAUAACUGUCAUUAAUAAAGAAGAAAUAUAUGUUUGCCGUAGAAGAAUGAGAAAAUCCAGAAAAGUGAAAAAAAAAAAAAUCACAAAAGUUGGCCGCACCGUGCGGCAUGCAGGAUCUUAGUUCC